AUGAGCGAAGAAGAGAUUCAAGCUUUAGCUGAACUGCUUCACAGUUUUGUAAUUCGGUCGCAACCUUGUGAAAAUUUCAUUAAUGAGCUUUGUGAAAUUUACUUAAAAAAGGGAGAAGACCUGAAAGCAAUAGAAAAUAGUUAUUUCAUACUUAAAAGGUUUAUAAGAGAGAAACUAGAUAACGGCGUCGUCGAAAUUCCUGAAAAUCUAACUAUUACGAGGAAUCAGAUAACGUUUGUAAAAGUGGUGUCAAUUAUAUGGAAGAAACUUUCAUUUAAACAGAAAAGUGUUUAUGGAAAAAUUCGAAAAAAUAUAGAAAUUAAAGUUAAAGAGAAUUACCCUAAUUGGAAGCCCAAUCAGUACAGAAUAAAGGCCACUCUAAAAACCAAACAAGGACGUGGAAUUUGUGUAUCGUAA